AUGAACACUGUUUCAGCUGGUGCUUAUUUAGAUGUCAACGUGGCUGGGCUGGCAAAAUAUCCCUUGACGUCAACUGCUACAUGUUCCCGACGUGCAGUUUGUAUCCGUCUGGCCAGCUGGUUGAUUGCAUGCAUUGGAAGCGCAUGGCAGAGUAUAUGUACCGAUCUGCGAUAUCAGUUGGUGUCCGGCCGGGUCGAUCGAGGCAGAUCCGGCUGCGGCUCGGCUGCAGGUAUGCGUCGAAACUGCAUGUCCACAGCCGCGCCGUCGAGAAGAGUCCUGCCAGCCGGUCCGCAAGCGACGAAGCCGUGGCCCGCUGUUGCUCUUGUUGUUAUGGUUGUUGUUGUUAUUGUUGUUGCUGUUGUUGUUAUUGCUGUAAUGACCAUGAGAAUUACUAUCAUCAUUUAUCGAAAAAUACACGUUUGCACCCCUCGUCGUAGCCUUCUCUUCUCUUCUCUUCGCUUCGCUGCCCUUGCAUGUUACUUGCGAUUGCUGCUUCCCGAUCGGUCGAAUGCCUCUUCCGAACCUGCCCCUUAUCUGAACCGCCUUUCGUUUGGAGGUGUGCAAAGAGCCGUGCGAUUUGGGAAGCUGCGAAGAGCCGUGGCAGCGGGAGAAGGGGCGGUUGCGGUUGCGGUUGCGGAAAGAGGCAGGCAGGCAGGCAGGACCAUAAGGACGGUACUGUAUGUCUCGAGGUGUACCUGCGUUGAUUCUCGGUAUAGUGAAGGGGCUCUUCUCAGUUCUGCAUCCUCUGCUAGAAUCACCAUCCACAUCUCUAUAAACGACCGAUCUGGGGAAUUUGCAGGCCGUGAUCGCGGGAAGGCAAGCGACGCUAGUCGAGAGAUCAGAUCCUGCCUCUCCUUCUCUCUUGGUUGGGUUGGUCCGUUAGUGCCGAAAGCAGAUCGACUUCCUCUCCGACUUCAACAACACCACACCACACCAUACUCACACUCAUACUCACACUCCUUCUCCCCUAUCCCUCACUCUCGAUACAAGCAAAACAACCUUUCCGAUCUACCUGAUCCUCUUUGUAUCACACUCUCUUCCCUUACAAACACAAACUCGAAAAAUCUCACCUCCCCUACAAUCAGUCCAACCGACAAGAUGCGCACCUCAGUCGCCCUUGUCGCUGGUCUUGCUUCUUUGGUUAUGGCAACCACCUUUACUAACGUUGUCUACCACUGUAUCGGAGGUACCAUUACCAUCCUGACCACCCGUAGCACGUCCACCUACGAGGAGACCAGUACUACCCCGACCCCCGUCGUUACUCUCACCUAUCCCGCUACCCCGAUUGCUGAGAGUUCGGUUCCAACUACUGUCGUUCUGGCUCUCUCCACCAAGUCCGCGGAUGGCUCCUUCGUCGUCCCAAGCUCCAUCGAGAUUGCCCCAAGCACCGAGGUCCUAAGCUCAACUGCUACGGUCACCUCUGGCAUCACCGUGGUCGCUACUCUCAGCAAGGUUCUUAGCUACGUCCCAUCGGCUACCCUAUCCUACCUCAACACAUCCGAGCCUCUUCUGACCGCUUCCGGCUCCCCAUCUCCCAUCACUUCUACCUCCACCUCCACCCUGGUGAUCCACCCAACCAUCACCACCAACAUCUCAAUCCCAUUCUCCAGCAGCUCGAUUCCGAGCACUACCAGCGUGAGUGGAGCUUCCGAUGUUGCCGGCCCAGCCAUCAGCCUAGUUCUCCUCGCUAUCGGCGCCUACCUCUUCGGAUAA